CCUUCCCCCGGUCUCAACCUACUGACGUAUCUUCGUUUCCUCAUUCUCAUACAUAAAGGAGAGCGCAUCUCAUGCAAUGCAACAUGAGUCUCAUUCAUGUUCUUCAGAUUUAAAUGUCGUAUUAGACAACAUCUCAAAUCCACCCACGCUCUAUCAUCACCUGUGAAAUCAAUUACUCCGGUGCGCCCCCUAGCCGCAGCCGCAGCGACCCUAACAUACGGAAACACACUCUCAUAUUCACGCGCGCAACAUACAAACGCGAUGGCGAAAGACUCAUCAGCAAACAGCACGGCCGCCCAGCGCGUAGACUGGUCGGCUCUCCGAGCCUACAUUGCCGGCAAAGAAGCUUUCGAGGCAGAACACGGCCACCCCGCCCCGCUCACGGAUCACGAGGUCUCGGCCAUUGCCGUCCUCCUCCGUCCGGCCCCGCGACCGGAACCGGAUUUGGGUAAAACGAACUGGCUCGGCUUGUUGAAUCAUCAUGUAUCUAUUCGAGGCUGGGAAAGCAACCCCUCCCCCUCUACCCAACGAGGAUCACAUUUCCUCUUGAUCUGAAGCACCAAACUGCCUUCACCUAUCACCAUAUUUUCAAACCCAUACUAAUGAAGAACAAAAUACAGAUUUCCAACAAGUCAGAAACCAAAAAGUAACCUUCACCGAC